ACUUACUUAACUUACUUACUUACUGGUUGUAGAGAGAUUAGAGGGCGCGAACAACUCUUGGAGAGAUGCAAGCAGAGAUGCAGCAACACGCACACAAAAUCGCGACGACGAUGUUGUCGUUGCCAUGGCGUGUAAGGUCGAGAAUUGGUGUACGUACAUGAUGGUUCCUUCGUGGUCAAGGACGUCGGAGACAGUCAGGGCCUCCGCGUAGGGUGCGGGAGCCGAGGGGUCCCUGCGACGAUGGAGUAGGUAUAUAUAUGGGCGUCCAGCCGCGUUCAGAAUACCAGAUUCAUGCAAGUUAGCCCUCCCCACGAGGCGGGUGGUGUGCUUUGAAAAAUUCAUCGCGGACGACCUAGGCGGUGGAGAGUCGAGGGGCCUGCUCUCUUCGCGGUCUCUUCAAUCAAGAAUCGGGCAGUACGCUGGGAUCGACUACCAUUCACACCUCGGAUCGGGUUGGACGCAUUAAUUUGGAGAACGUAUUCCCUCGGCAAGCGAUGAUUCUGUGGUUAACCUUAAUCUUCGUGACUUCGGUGGCUGCAGGACCACCUUAUCGAAAGACAAUACCUGAUAUAUUACAACCACCUCCAUGGGACUCUGUAGAAGAAACAGACGUAGAAAUCAUCAAUGUGCCAUUGUUUCAACGUGAUGCUGUAGAAGGUCCACCAACCAUCGAUUCACCAUCGAUAGAUCCCGCCAUUACUCACGAGGAUUACGGAUCUCGAAGGUUUCCUUUGCGCGAUGCAGUCGAAGCGUUGCCCUCAAAUAAGAUCGAUUCUCAAGUCGAUAAUCUACCCUUGCAGAAUUUCAGAGACGGUCGAGUGCCUUUAAGAGAUGCCGUUGAACAUCGCGAAGCUCCCUUCUUUGGGAACGUCGAUCACGAAUCGAUUUGGAUCGAACCAUUAGCUCCACCAACGUUAACAAGAAUGGAACAAAUCAUUAAUCCAAAAGUGGUGUGCCAUUUGGACUCCAGUGCUGUGCACAGAGUAGAGCCAUUCUCUUUGUUUCCUCAAUCCGUACCACACUAUCGAUGCAGCCAUUUGAUAUACGUAGCAGCCACUUUAGAUCCAGAGAAGAUGGUUAUCGUCUCGAGAGAUCGCGAAUAUGACGAGAUCAAGGGUGGAUAUAAAACGGUAACGGGACAUCGAUCGAGGGAUCCAGCGUUGCAAGUGCUCGUCUCGAUCUCGGUUCCAAAUCGAGGAAAAUUGUUCUCCGAACUGACCAAAAGCUACUGCGCUCUCCACUGCGAAAAAUUUGCCAAAUCCAUCGUGAACUUUCUCCAGGCGCACGAUUUCGACGGGGUGGAGAUCGAUUGGGAAGGAUCGGCGAAUCAUUCGAACGAUUUGAAACUGUUGUUGAGAACAAUUAGAAAGUUUUUCGUUGAUCAACAAUACGUUCUUGCGGUGGUUCAAAGGCCGGAAGAUCCGGUGGAUCAAGAAAUUAGCUCUGUGGCCGAUCUGCUUCUCCUGAGAGCGUGGAGGGACAGUCCAGCUUUCAGAAGGGAAAAAUUGGCACUUCACCCGGCUCCUCUCAAGUACGUAGCUCGAGUGACCAACAAAUGGAUCGAUCGUGUGCCGAGAGAGCACAGAUCAAAGAUCGUUCUUGGUUUAUCUGUGUUUGGGCAAGGAUACACCUUGAAAUUCGAGAAUUUUACGGAUGCUGGCGCGCCUAUCAUUGGGCCAGGAAUCGAGAAUUACGACAAGCAGAAAAACGGAAGGAUGGCUUAUUACGAAAUAUGCGAGAAAUUGGAAGAUGGAUUGUGGACCGCUGGAAGAGAUGAAGAAGGGCCGUACAUAAAACGUGGGGAUCAGUGGGUCGGUUACGAGGAUCCGUUGACGGUGAAAAUCAAAGUAGCCUACGUUAGAUCUGUGAAGCUUGGCGGAGUUUCUUUAUGGUCCCUCGACUUGGAUGAUUUUCAAGGUAUUUGCGGAAAUUCGUGGCCAAUGUUAAACGCUGCAACGGAAUCGAUAGGCUUUUACGACGAGACACAACUGGGAAAAUGUUCUACGGAUGGGCUCUCUACCGAUCCCCAGAAUUGUUCAGGAUUUUAUUCUUGUCACAAUGGAGCGCGAUAUCGGGGUCAAUGCGGAUCUGGGAAAUAUUUUAAUUCGAACAAUGGUCGUUGCAUAAAAGCGAAUUCGAAUGUUUGUAAACCUGGCCAAUUUAAUCGAAUUCAAGGAGAUCGUUAUCAGAGUGAAAUAAGAGAGUCGCAAAAAUUGCAACAUUUAGAGAUCUCCUCGGAAAAGGGUCCUCGAGUAGUGUGCUACGUGACCUCGUGGUCGUUAUAUCGGAAGGGUGACGGAUUAUUUGUCCCGGAACGUCUAAACUCUCGUUUAUGCACCGAUAUAAUUUAUGCGUUUGCUGGAUUGAAUCCUGAUACGUUGCUUAUUCAACCGUUGGAUCCCUGGGCCGACAUAGAAUACAAUUUGUACGAACGAGUGACAAAAUUGAAAGGAUCAAGAGUGUUAUUAGCUAUAGGAGGAUGGACAGACAGCACUGGUGAUAAGUAUUCUCGUUUAGUUAGCAGCGGUGUUAUUCGUCGCAAGUUCGUUUCAGCCACGGUAAACUUCUUAAAAAAGCAUAAUUUCGAUGGCCUGUCCUUUGAAUGGAAUUAUCCAAAAUGCUGGCAAAGCAAUUGCAAAAAGGGGCCGGACACCGACAAACCCAAUUUCACCAAAUUGAUCAAGGAAUUGAAAAAUGCGUUUGACCAACAAGAGCCAAAGUUAACGCUUGCUGUAGCAUUUUCCGGCUACAAAGAGGUGAUCGACAGAGCCUACGAGGUGCGGGAAAUCUCGAAAGUGGCGGAUUUUAUAUCUGUAAUGACGUACGAUUAUCACGGUGCUUGGGAGUCGAAAACGGGACACUUGUCACCUUUGUUUGGAAACGCUGCCGACGUUAAUCCGUACUACAACGUGAAUUCUACAAUGGAGUACUUGGUUAAUCUUGGAGCAGAAAAAUCGAAGCUUCUGGUAGGGAUACCUUUGUACGGGCAGGCUUAUCGAUUAUCCAGUGAAAAUCUGGCAAAUCUUGGUGAUCCAACAACUGGUCCUGGAACUGCUGGUGAAUUUACAAAGCAACCUGGAAUGCUGGCCUAUUAUGAAAUUUGUGAUAGGAUCAAAUACAAGGGUUGGAAAACUGGUUUAGGUCCAAGCGCCUACCUCAAAGACCAAUGGGUGGGCUACGACGAUCAGGAAAGUGUCUACGCGAAGGGGGAAUACAUUCUGCAAAGCGGUUACGGAGGUGUAACGCUGUGGACAGUAGACUUGGACGAUUUCUUAAAUCGUUGCUGUUCGGAGUCGUUCCCACUAUUAAAGAGUAUAAAUCGUGCAUUAGGUCGUUUAAAGAACAAGGCAUCCGAAGGAUGCCAACGGCCAGCAGAACCAAUUACGCCGCAACCUCCAACGUUGACAACUCACAGCGAUGCCGUGGAGGAGACUCCACGGCCAACCACACCGAUGACUAAACCAACCAUGUGGCCAACGUGGACUGAAAAACCGAGCACAAGCGCUCAGCACACAACCUGGCCCACUUGGACCUGGAAACCAGAUACAACGAGCAGUGUGAGCAGCACUACAAUCUCUUGGACUACCCAGUCCACCACCAAGAAGCCAUCAACGGUGGAAGUAAAUACGGAAAAACCAACGGAUUCUUCAAAGCCGGGAACAUCGUGUACGAUAGGGGAAUACGUACCGGACCCUGAAAGCUGUAAAAAUUACUUCAGAUGUGUGCUCGGCGAAUUGCAACGCGAACAAUGCGCGCCCGGAUUGCAUUGGGAUGCAAGACGAAGCAUUUGCGAUUGGCCAGCUGCAGCGAAAUGUCAAAUGGAAACUGUAGGUUCUGUUACCCAGAGACCAUCGUGGACCACGACGACUACCGUUGAAACCACCACCGCAAAGAGACCGUCUACAUUGGCAGCAUCCACCACCCAGAAACCGAUCUUCAUGAACGGUCCCAACGAGAAACCAGAAAAAAAUUGCGUGCACGGCCAGUAUUACUCCUAUCCGAAUUCCUGCACGAGCUUCAGCAUUUGCGUGAAUGGGAAUUUAAUAUCUCAGCAAUGCGGGCCAGGUUUGAAUUGGAAAGAAAAAAAUAUGUGCGAUUGGGCGUUCAAGAAUCCUUGUAUCGAACCGAAAAAGACAGCUCCGCUGAUCGCAACGGAUAUUAAAUCCAUGCCAUGCACUCCCGAAAGCUACUCCAGCGUUCCAGGUGAUUGCGAAAGUUUCAAGGCGUGUUUAUGGGGUCGGUACGAGGUGUUCCGUUGCGCUCCCGGAUUGCACUUCAAUCAGAGAACUCGUAUAUGCGACUGGCCGUCCAGAGCCAACUGUCAAGAUAAUUCCGUGUCGACAGGCGAUCGAGAUUCGAGUAAGCCAAUUCGUCCGUCGAGCACCGAGAAACCUUGGGAAGCGAGCACCGCAACAACCACCUUACCAUCAGCCGUGAUAAAUCCUGAAAAAGUUUCUCCGUUGUCUGGAUAUUACAAAAUCGUGUGCUACUUCACGAAUUGGGCCUGGUACCGAAGAGGCGUAGGCCGUUACGUUCCUGAAAACAUAGAUCACACUCUGUGCACUCAUAUCGUCUAUGGAUUCGCAGUUUUGGAUUACUCGGAUCUAAUCGUUAAAGCUCACGAUUCUUGGGCCGAUUACGACAACCGAUUUUACGAGCGUGUAGUCGCGUAUAAGAAACGAGGAUUGAAAGUAUCCCUUGCUCUCGGUGGUUGGAACGAUUCAGCUGGAGACAAGUAUAGUCGUUUGGUGAACAAUCCCGCAGCUAGGAAGAAAUUUAUCGCGCAAGCAGUCCAAUUUCUAGAGAAGUACAAUUUCGAUGGACUUGAUUUAGAUUGGGAAUACCCAGUUUGCUGGCAAGUCGAUUGCAAGAAGGGGCCGUCCUCGGACAAACAAGGUUUCGCGGAUCUGUUGAAAGAGCUCAGCAACGAGUUAAGGCCUAGAGGGCUGUUGCUUAGCUCCGCGGUCUCACCGAGCAAACAAGUGAUCGACAAAGGUUACGACGUUCCCGCCCUCGCCAAAUACUUGGACUGGAUCGCAGUGAUGACUUACGAUUAUCACGGUCAAUGGGAUAAAAAAACUGGCCACGUUGCGCCCCUCUACCACCAUCCCAACGAUGAUUAUUAUUACUUCAAUGCAAACUAUUCUAUUAAUUAUUGGAUCGCCAAAGGAGCUCCUCGUAGAAAAAUUGUUAUGGGAAUGCCGCUGUACGGGCAAUCGUUCUCCAUAAACGAUCCCAGCGCGGGGACAGGAUUGAAUGUACCAGCUAGCGGUGGGCAGGCAGGAGAAUUCACACGAGCUGCCGGAUUCUUAUCCUAUUACGAGAUUUGCGACAGGAUACGGAAUCGUGGAUGGAAUAUUGUCCAAGAUUCGCAACGUAGAAUGGGCCCUUACGCGUAUAAAAGCAGCCAAUGGGUCAGCUUCGAUGACGCCGAGAUGAUUCGAAGGAAAGCCGAGUACGUCAGGAGUAUGGGUCUUGGUGGUGGAAUGGUAUGGGCGUUGGAUCUCGAUGAUUUCCGGGGUCGUUGCGGCGAGGGGCCGCAUCCUUUGAUGCACACCCUUCAGAAAGUAUUAGCUGAUCCACCGAGCGAGGAUGAGAAACCUGAGAAACCGUGGAUCACGGUGGAGGAUUUAGAUCAAGAUGCGAUGGCACCCACGGUAGCGCCCACUACUGUUAAAACACCUAUACCAUCGUCGACCUCGAGGGAUCAGGUGCAGUCAGAAAAUGGUUUUAAAGUAAUUUGUUAUUUCACGAAUUGGGCGUGGUACCGUCAAGAAGGAGGCAAGUUCUUACCCGAAGACGUGGAUACUGAUUUAUGCACCCAUGUUCUAUACGGUUUCGCGGUACUCGAUGGAUCUCGAUUGAAGAUAAAAUCGCACGAUCCAUGGGCUGACAUAGACAACAAAUUCUACGAAAGAAUAGCAGCGUUGAAAUCGAGGGGUGUAAAGGUAUUGAUGGCUAUCGGAGGAUGGAACGAUUCGGCAGGAGACAAGUACAGCCGCCUGGUUAAUUCGCCAUCGGCCAGACAAAGAUUCAUCGAGAAUGUAAUCCAAUUUAUCGAGAAGUACAAAUUCGAAGGGUUGGAUUUAGAUUGGGAAUAUCCAGUCUGUUGGCAGGUCGAUUGCAACAAAGGUCCAGCAUCGGAUAAGGAAGGCUUUGGCAGUUUAGUGAGAGAGUUGAGCGAAAAAUUUAAACCGAAAGGAUUGUUGUUAUCUGUCGCCGUUUCUCCUAGCAAACGAGUCAUCGACACCGGUUACGACGUGCCGACCUUGGCAAAAUACUUGGAUUGGAUAUCUGUAAUGACUUACGAUUAUCAUGGUCAAUGGGAUAAAAAAACCGGUCAUGUAGCGCCUCUGUAUCAUUUACCCAGUGAUUGGGAGCCGACCUUUAACGCUAACUUCUCUAUUCAUUAUUGGAUAGAGAAAGGUGCUCCAGCGAAAAAACUUGUUAUGGGAGCACCUUUGUACGGUCAAUCUUUUUCUUUAGCCGAGAGAACACAGAGGGGAUUGAAUGCGCCAACUUAUGGUGGUGGUGAAGCCGGAGAAGCAACAAGAGCCAGAGGCUUCCUCUCCUAUUACGAAAUCUGCGAAAGAACCUUGAAGAAAGGUUGGACCGUCGUCCAAGACAAGAAACGUCGUAUCGGCCCGUAUGCAUUUAAAGGUGACCAGUGGGUUAGUUUUGACGAUGCCAGACAAAUUAAACUGAAGGCAGAGCUUAUAAAGGAUCUUGAUUUGGGUGGUGGCAUGAUAUGGGCCCUUGAUUUGGACGAUUUCAAAAAUAGAUGCAAUUGUGAACCUAGUCCACUUUUAAGAACCAUGAACAGAGUUCUAAGAAAUUAUCCUAAAGGCCCAUUGUGUCCGGUAACGAAUGAAUUUAUGACAAUCGAUAUCGGUGAAACCACCAUGGAAUCAACGACGAACAGCGAACAACCAAAUUGGGAAGCUACCACUUCUCAUAGACCAAUGUAUUUACCACCAACGACCGCAGAUCCGUGCACAGACACUGACGAUACUAUCGAAAUAGAAGCUGAACCACCAUUAAUAGGCACUUCGCCAGAAGAUUGCGGUGGUCGUGUAUUCGUUCCCCACAAGAAAGAUUGUUCCAAAUACUUCCUGUGCAAUUUUGGAAAACUAACUGAAUACUCUUGUCCUCCUGGUCUUUACUGGAACGAGAACCGUUGCGACUGGCCUGAGAACACAAAGUGUAAAAAUUCCCAACGUCAGUCCAAUCAAUUACUCCCAUUAAUCUUGGCUCCAGAAACGGACAAGAAGAAAGUAAUUUGUUACGUAACAAAGUGGGGAAGAAAGCGAUCUGGAUCAGGACAAUUUCUACCCGAAGAUAUCGACCCGAAUUUGUGUACCCAUAUCGUUUUUGGCCCCGUCAAAUUGGACCCGGAACGAUUGACCAUCCAAAGUCCUCAGAGUAUCAGCCAAAAGGAAUUCUUUGAUAAAAUAAUAGAUAUUAAAAAUAGAAACGGGCUAAAGAUUUUACUUAGUUUGGGAGGCUGGGAAGAAUCAAAGAAUAACAAGUAUAGUAAAUUGGCACAUAAUUCGGUGGAACGACAGAGAUUUGCACGUCACGCUUCUCUUUACAUUCAGAAUCAUGGCUUUGAUGGCCUUGAUCUUCUUUGGGAGUAUCCAGUAUGCUGGCAGGUCGAUUGUACCCGUGGUCCAUUAACCGACAGAGAAGCUUUUGCAGCUUUGCUUAAGGAACUGAGUAUAGCUUUGAAAUCGAAAGGGUUGCUCCUUUCUACCGCAGUUUCUGCUAGCAAAGAAGUUAUCGACGUGGCUUAUGAUGUUCCAGCAUUAAUCAAAUACGUUGAUUGGAUGAACGUUAUGAGUUACGAUUAUCAUUCUAAUUUAGAGAGCAAAACUGGCCACGUUGCGCCGCUUUAUCAUAACCCAAAUGAACAAACCAAAUAUUUGAACGUAAACUUCUCUAUGAUUUAUUGGCUAGAACAAGGUGUGCCAUCGAAUAAGCUCGUGAUGGGUGUACCAACGUACGGGCAGAGUUUCACGUUAUUGAGGAAAUCGCAAAGAAAUGAAACGCCAGGCUUUAACGUGAAAGUUUCUGGACCUGGAUAUCCGGGCAACUUUACCAAAUCAUCUGGCAUGCUUGCUUAUUACGAGAUAUGCGACAACGUGAAAAAUAAAGGCUGGUCAGCUAUUAAAGAUCCGAAGAAUUUGGUUGGACCAUAUGCAACGAAAAGUGAUCAAUGGGUCAGCUAUGAGGAUAUAUCAAGUAUAACGCAAAAAGCAAAAUUCAUAAGAGAUUUAAAUCUUAGCGGUGCUCUGAUUUGGUCCUUGGAUUUGGACGAUUUUAAAAAUCAAUGUGGUUGUGGAAAAUAUCCUUUAACAACAGCGCUUAGUCAAGGAAUUAGAGGAGAACGAGAACUCAGAAUGGAUUGUACUUGAGAUACACGUAUCUUGAACAAUUAUGCAAAUGAUUCACCAAUAACAAUUCAUUUACAUUGUGUUCCACUUUCACGAUAAAUCUCAGAUAGCUCAUAAAUCAUAUUAGUCAGUGUAGAUACUGUAUGGCACGAAGUUACAAAUACUUUGCAAAGAACAAUAUGAUUUAGAGAGAAAAAA